CCCCCGCCCCGGUAACGGCCGAGGAGGAGGAGGAGGAGAUGGCGCCGGCCAGGGAGCGGCCGUGGCCGAGGCAGUGAGAAGGAGCGAAGCCCGAGGAGCCGCAGCCCCCGCGUGUGGAGAGCAGGAGCCGGCGCCAUGGAAGGGACGAAGCCGAGUCUGCAGCUGGUGUACCAGGCUGUGCAAGCGCUCUAUCACGACCCGGACCCCAGCGGCAAGGAGCGCGCCUCGUUUUGGCUCGGGGAGCUGCAGCGAUCGGUUCAUGCAUGGGAGAUCUCUGAUCAAUUAUUACAGAUCCGGCAGGAUGUAGAAUCGUGCUAUUUUGCAGCACAGACGAUGAAGAUGAAGAUUCAGACCUCAUUCUAUGAACUUCCAACAGACUCUCAUGCCUCUUUACGGGACUCAUUGUUGUCACAUAUCCAGAACUUGAAAGACUUAUCUCCUGUCAUCGUAACUCAGCUUGCUUUAGCAAUAGCAGAUCUGGCCCUGCAGAUGCCUUCCUGGAAAGGCUGUGUGCAGACCCUGGUAGAAAAAUAUAGCAAUGAUGUAACUUCUUUGCCUUUUCUGCUGGAGAUCCUUACGGUUUUACCUGAGGAAGUUCAUAGCCGUUCGUUACGAAUUGGAGCUAAUCGUCGCACAGAAAUUAUAGAAGACUUGGCUUACUACUCAAGCACUGUGGUUUCUUUAUUGAUGACUUGUGUAGAAAAGGCAGGAACAGAUGAAAAGAUGCUCAUGAAGGCCUUUCGCUGCUUAGGUAGUUGGUUUAACCUUGGUGUCCUGGACAGUAAUUUUAUGGCUAACAAUAAAUUGCUAGCUCUUCUCUUUGAAGUUUUGCAACAGGACAAGACAUCCUCUAACCUGCAUGAGGCAGCAUCAGAUUGUGUGUGCUCAGCUCUCUAUGCCAUUGAGAAUGUAGAGACAAAUUUACCUUUGGCCCUGCAACUCUUUCAAGGGGUCUUGACUUUGGAAGCAGCCUAUCAUAUGGCUGUAGCCCGUGAAGACUUAGACAAGGUUCUGAAUUAUUGCAGAGUUUUCACAGAACUGUGUGAAACCUUUCUUGAAAAAAUUGUUUGUACUCCAGGCCAGGGACUAGGUGAUCUCCGAACACUGGAACUGCUCCUCAUCUGUGCUGGUCAUCCCCAGUAUGAGGUGGUAGAGAUAUCCUUUAACUUUUGGUACCGACUAGGGGAACAUUUAUACAAAACAGAUGAUGCCGUUAUUCAUAGCAUUUUCAAAGCUUAUAUCCAGCGUCUGCUCCAUGCCUUGGCUAGACACUGUCAACUGGAACCAGAUCAUGAGGGGGUCCCUGAAGAGACUGAUGACUUUGGGGAGUUUCGAAUGAGGGUGUCUGACUUGGUGAAGGAUUUGAUCUUCCUGGUUGGAUCUAUGGAAUGCUUCUCUCAGUUGUAUUCUACUCUGAAAGAAGGCAACCCACCCUGGGAGGUGACAGAAGCGGUUCUCUUUAUCAUGGCCUCUAUAGCCAAGAGUGUUGAUCCGGAAAAUAACCCAACACUUGUGGAGGUCCUAGAAGGAGUUGUCCGUCUCCCAGAAACUGUACACACAGCUGUCCGAUACACUAGCAUUGAGCUAGUGGGAGAGAUGAGUGAAGUGGUUGAUCGAAAUCCCCAAUUCCUUGACCCUGUAUUGGGCUACUUGAUGAAAGGCCUGUGUGAAAAGCCUCUGGCCUCUGCUGCUGCCAAAGCCAUUCACAACAUCUGCUCUGUCUGCCGGGACCACAUGGCUCAGCACUUUAAUGGACUACUGGAAAUUGCCCGAUCCCUUGAUUCCUUCAUGCUGUCUCCAGAAGCUGCUGUAGGCUUGCUGAAAGGGACAGCCCUGGUCCUAGCCAGAUUACCCUUAGAAAAAAUUGCUGAAUGCCUCAGUGAGCUGUGUGCAGUUCAAGUCAUGGCAUUGAAAAAGCUGCUAUCUCAAGAACCUAGCAACGGCAUUUCCUCAGACCCCACCGUGUUCUUAGAUCGCCUGGCAGUAAUAUUUAGGCACACCAAUCCUAUUGUAGAAAAUGGACAGACUCAUCCGUGCCAAAAAGUCAUACAAGAAAUUUGGCCGGUUUUGUCAGAAACCCUGAACAAACACCGAGCUGAUAACCGGAUUGUGGAACGAUGUUGCAGAUGCCUACGUUUUGCUGUUCGAUGUGUUGGUAAAGGAUCAGCAGCCCUCCUGCAGCCCCUGGUUACACAGAUGGUGAAUGUGUACCAGGUGCAUCAACACUCUUGUUUCUUGUACCUUGGUAGUAUCCUGGUGGAUGAGUAUGGGAUGGAAGAGGGUUGUCGCCAGGGCCUGCUAGACAUGUUACAGGCACUAUGCAUCCCUACUUUCCAGCUCCUAGAACAGCAAAAUGGCCUUCAGAACCACCCUGAUACUGUGGAUGAUCUGUUCAGACUAGCUACCAGGUUUAUCCAACGUAGUCCUGUUACCUUGUUGAGGAGCCAAGUGGUUAUCCCCAUCUUACAGUGGGCCAUUGCCUCAACCACCCUUGACCACCGGGAUGCUAACUGCAGUGUCAUGAAGUUCCUAAGAGACCUCAUCCAUACAGGAGUAGCCAAUGAUCAUGAAGAAGACUUUGAAGUUCGGAAAGAGUUGAUUGGACAGGUAAUGAAUCAGCUUGGACAACAACUUGUGAGCCAACUGCUACACACGUGUUGUUUCUGCCUACCCCCGUAUACCCUUCCAGAUGUAGCCGAAGUGCUCUGGGAGAUCAUGCAAGUCGACAGACCGACUUUUUGUCGUUGGCUAGAGAAUUCUUUGAAGGGUUUACCAAAGGAAACAACUGUGGGAGCUGUCACAGUGACACAUAAACAACUUACAGAUUUCCAUAAGCAGGUUACUAGUGCUGAGGAAUGUAAACAAGUUUGCUGGGCCUUGAGGGACUUCACCAGGUUGUUUCGAUAACUUGAGCUCCUGUAACUGUGCCUGUCUCCCAGGAAUGUCUUUUUAUUAGAAGACAGGAAAAUUGAAAACAAGAAUGUGUCUCACAAUCAGAAACCUUCCUUGUGGCAGAAGGACUUAUACAGCCUUUCACCAGUGCUGUCACAGCAACCAGGAGAGACUCUGGCCUCCUAGGGCAAUCCUGUGGGGAGUUCCUGUUUAUGAGUGAGAGGGCAAAUCGGAGUGAUUUUUUUUCUUUUUAAAGAAUGGCUGCAGCCUGUCCAGCAUGGUGGGAGGGAAACUGGUUUCCUAAUGGACUUGUUUUUAGAAAGGGAAAAAAUAUUUAAAAAUACAAAAACAAACAAACAAAAAAACAGAAAAGCUAAAUGGAAACCUGAAGAAAAGCAUUUGCCUGACAAAAAAAAAAAAAAAAAAAAAAAAAA